GCAUUCUUGAUAAGUUGCAGUUCUUAUAUGAAUGUAGGAGGAUUUGUUUGAUGGGGGAAGUGGUGCCGACUUAAAGUUGAUUCAUUGCGCCUUCAAUUGCCUUGGUUGGUGUGUCCUCCGGCGUCUCUCUGGACAACCACGCGUCGCCGUCCGGAACCCAAUUCCCCACAGCUUGCCAACACAUGGCUUUAAUCCAUAGAAAGCAAGACCGAUGCUUCAGUGGAGUAGAUGACCAACCACGUCUCUUUGUUAACCGCGAGAGAGAAAUGAGUUGUUCCCUCACAUUCUUUUUCUUGAGAUGAAAGAAGAAUUUCUCAGAAGGCUACAAGCUAAAAAUCUUCUUUCCCGAUCAAGGCUCUAUUCGGAUGAACUUCGUCACCUUUUUCUUAAAAGGAUCGUGGGAUUUUAAGUUUUAAAUCCAAAGAAAAGGUGUUUUGAAAACAUUAUGUUUUCGCAGAGGCUUUGAAAAGGUUCAAAACUCAAUGUGAAGUCUAAAUAUACUAUCAUAUCACUGGACGAUAAAACUAUGUUCUGCUAUGUGGGUAUUUUGUUAACAGCAAUGGGAAGGUUGGAUUUGUUAAUUUUACACAAGCCAAGGAUGUUCUUGAAGAAGUCCUCUAGUUGUUAAUGAAGAAGAUAAAUUCAUUCUUUAAGAAAAGAGACGUGUUGCGGGCUUCUUUGCCUGCUUGCCGCCAUUUGUCCCUAUAAAUUGCAGAGAAUGUGGGGGGUGGGGAUUUCUACGUUUUUGAGCUCAACCGGGGAAGAGAGAAGGAGAAGAGGAGAAGAAGGCGGUGUUCCAUGCACUUCCGUUUGAUGGAGGAGAGUAGGAUCAAAAGUUACAGAUCUGUGUGCAAAGAUAUCCGAUCGUCUGCCACGGGUCUCGUCAUAUCAGGAAGCCGGAAUGUCCCUGUGCACAAAUUUGAAUCUAACGGAUAGCAUCUUAAGUGGAAUAUCUAGUGGACAGAGCUCUCUUGCAAUGGCUGGCGUUCAAAAAACAGAUAAGAACAUAGAAGUAUGGAAGGUUAAAAAGCUGAUUAAAGCUCUCGAAGCUGCUCGAGGAAAUGGAACCAGCAUGAUCUCUUUGAUUAUGCCACCACGGGAUCAAAUAUCUCGAGUUAAUAAGAUGCUAGGUGAUGAAUUUGGAACUGCCUCAAAUAUUAAGAGUAGAGUAAACCGCCAGUCUGUAUUAGGUGCCAUUACCUCUGCUCAGCAGCGAUUGAAACUUUACAACAAGGUUCCUCCAAAUGGACUGGUACUAUACACUGGAACUAUUGUCACACAAGAUGGGAAAGAAAAGAAGGUUACAAUUGAUUUUGAACCAUUCAGGCCUAUCAAUGCUUCUCUUUAUCUUUGUGAUAACAAAUUCCAUACUGAGGCACUGAAUGAACUGAUAGAGUCUGAUGAAAGGUUUGGUUUCAUAGUCAUGGAUGGAAAUGGAGCACUUUUUGGCACAUUAAGUGGCAACUCUCGUGAGGUUCUUCACCAAUUUCAGGUUGAUCUUCCUAAGAAGCAUGGAAGAGGAGGACAAUCUGCUCUUCGUUUUGCUCGUCUUCGGAUGGAGAAGCGCCAUAAUUAUGUGAGGAAGACUGCAGAGUAUGCUACACAAUUCUUCAUUAAUCCUGCUAAAAGUCAGCCCAAUGUUGCUGGUAUUGUUUUAGCUGGAUCUGCAGAUUUCAAGACAGAGUUGAGCCAAUCUCAUAUGUUUGAUCAACGACUACAGGAAAAGGUGUUAAAUGUUGUUGAUGUUUCUUAUGGAGGGGAGAGUGGCUUCAAUCAAGCCAUUGAAUUGUCUUCAGAGGUCCUAUCUAAUGUGAAGUUUAUACAGGAAAAGAAAUUGAUAGGGAAGUACUUUGAGGAGAUAAGUCAGGACACGGGGAAAUAUGUCUUUGGUGUGGAUGACACAUUGAAGGCUUUGGAAAUGGGUGCAGUUGACACCCUAAUUGUUUGGGAGAAUGUGGACAUUGACAGAUUAACACUUAAGAACAAUGUGACUGGGGAUGUUAUUAUAAAGCAUUUAACUAAAGAACAAGAGGCUGAUCAGAACAACUUCAUUGAUAAGGCUUCAUCAACUGUUCUUCAAGUAGCUGAUAAGAUGCCUCUGUUGGAGUGGUUUGCGGAUGAGUACAAGCGUUUUGGAUGCACUCUGCAAUUUGUUACAAACAAAUCUCAACAGGGCUCCCAGUUCUGCAGAGGAUUUGGUGGUAUUGGUGGUCUCCUUCGCUAUCAACUUGAUUUGAGGUCAUUUGAUGGCCUUUCUGGCGAUGAGGAUGACUUAGAAUGACAUGCGAUGAACUUCACUCAGGGCACCAACUUCUGGACAGAGGUGCAGCGGUUAGCCAAAGCUGCUUAAUUAGUCUCACCUGGUAAAAGUAUUCUUUCAUCUUGUUCCUGUGUGCUUACUGAGUCCCUCACACAAACUGAACCAAAGUUCUGUCAUGGCUGAAUUAGUUAAUCAGACAUGGACACCUUUUUUCUUAAUCAUGCAAUAGUGUAUUCUGGUCUUUAAAUUUUUUCUAUUUUAAUAGUAUAUUGUUCUGUUCAAGAUGUUCUUAAAAUGAAAGUAUGUCUACUUCUAUUUAUAUGACACUUAGUUAUCACUGUGGAGUCGCAGAGCCAGUAUUUUAAACAAUAGGUUCUUAUUUCAAGUGUUCAUAUUGAGAUUUGUCAAGCACCUGAGAACUUUGUGGGUUUUACGCGUCUCUGUGUCUAUAUGUUCAUUUGCAUCUAACAACUUAUGUUUUUUUGGCUUUAGCAGAACGGUUGACGGUAAGCAGAAGUUAUUAUCCAAGCUGUAGAUGCUGGUAUCUUUCACCCCGACAUCAUAAUCAUAAGGGUUUAUAUUCACUGCACAAGGGCCGACAAUUUCACAACUAGAAGUUUAUUAGCCACAAAUGGAGUCUAUGCAUGAUAUCUGAAAGUUUGCCAUAGAUGAGCCCCAUGUUAGGAUCUCUCCAUCAAUUAUCAGCAUCUUUAGUAUCCUAGGAAGAGGGGUAUAGUGUCCUUUAUGGUGACCGUCUGUUGAGCAUUUCGAGCUGGCCUCUGAAGUUAGGGAGCAGGUGGUGGUAGUGUGUCUUAUGUGUUGACUGUUUGUCCACUGUUAUUUGAGUCUUAUCAUUGUUCUGGCUGCUGGAGUUGUAACUUGGAAGACAGUGCAAUGGAGCUGUGUAGUCUCUCCACACCCACCUUUCUUUGGGUCUUAUUCAUCAUGCUGCCUUAUGGUACUGGUCUUCUGCGUUCACUAUUAUUUAGGUCUUAUUAUCACGCUUUGGAGUCAGAAUAUGAGGUAUAGGGUCUUUUUUGCUCACUGCUAUUUGGGUCUUAUUGUCAAACUGGUCUCUGGAUUUGUGUUUAAACAGGUAAUUAUAUGAUUUGAUCUUUGCAAUGCUUGUGCAGGUUUUGGUUUUGCCUUCCUUUUUUUUCGUAUGUAGAACUUUGUGGUUUUCGGGUUUCAUUAUUUUCUGUUGCCAGAUAGGUUGUCACCUUGUUGAAUGUUGAUUUAGACUUUGUUUUGGUAGGAGGUAACUUGAAGGAUUAGGAAUAAGCUUAGUUUUCAAAAUAUCGACUGUUGGUUGAGUCCACUAUCGUCCAACCUGUGUUUCAUACCAGCAACAAGUUGGCCAAGUUAGUUAAUUAGUUAGCUUAUUCAUUGAUCAGCGGGUAGUUUUUGACCUGUAUAAAUGUGUUCAUGUGGAUGUGUGUGUGUGUGUGCAACUCUUCUAAUGGUCAUAUAUGUUUUUGUCUUUAUUUCCAUAUAAUUACAUUUGUUUAUUCAUUUAUAGUCAAUCGACUUGGACCCACUAGUUCCCAUUAGUCUUUCCAUGUUCUGUACGACUUGUCUCCAAUUUUAAACUUCUCAAAUAAAUACGGUAUAAGGGAAGUUAUUUUCUAAGGGAUCAUAAAACGUGGUGCAAACUAGGAGCAGAUUAUUAUUAUAAAAAUUUGGGUCCAUUUGAAGACCAAAAAUAUUUGGGAAACAUUUGUAAAAGCUAAUAUCCAAGUUUAGUAUAUAACACUGCAGAAGGAAUCCAUAUAGUACAACUAAAAACUCAAGUUGCAUACAUAACAAAAAAUAACUUAAACGUACUUAACGUAUCAAUCUCAAACAUUGUGAAAUGAUUAUCUAAGAGAAGGUCUGUUGCAGCAAAGGAUUUUCUACACUGGAUUUAUUGCAAAUUGGAGGGAGCAUGUUAACAAUAACUAGAUCUCAGAAAAAUAUCCCUCCUAAUAUAUAUAGGGACAUUCUGUGGUUGCUUUCUAAUUUAACUCGUCUUCCUGGUCUCAAGCAGUACAAGUUCUGCCACCCUGGUCCUUUUUGUUUUUGUGGUACAGCUCUUGUUUGAUUGGUAAAGGCUAGGAAGACCCAUCUCCCCGCAACCUUGCAUCGGAAGCAGUACAAGUGCUUUUUUUUUUUUAAUCUACUACAUAGGUAGAUGUUAAUUGUUAAAAUUUAUAGAAUUUAAAAAGAAAUUGAUGCAAAUUGGAUGUAUAAAUUAGAUUUACAGGGUUUCAAUAAUUGAUGCUCAUAAAAUUUCAAGAUUUUUCAUAUUCUUGUACCUUUACAUAUUCUUCAUCCAUCUAUAUAUUACAUAUAUAUAAAAUGGCUCAAAACACUGGGGAAGACAUAGAGGACUGAAAGGACGAAAACAAACUUGGAAUGUGGAAUGGCGUAUAGUUUUUUCAAUUGCAAAAAUGUUGCUUGAUAUCUAACCUUUUACACAUUGAUCACAACAGCCUAGGUGAGGAAUCCUUCAGUGAGUAUUGUUAUCUUACUGCUUAGGAACCAAAUUGGGGAGACUUACCAUUUCAGUGAACUGGUUGUGAAUUAGCUAAAAAUCACCUCUGGGUCGACCAUGAACUGAUUCAAUUUGAAUCAGCCGAUUCAUUUCGGUUUGAUUCUGAUAAUAUUGAGCUGCAGGCCCUGACUUCAUUUAAACCUACGGUUGCCAGUUGCUGCCGUUAUUUUGCAUAAAAACCAUGAAAUGUUUUUGAAUUAUGUGUGGUCUUGUUUCUGGAACUAUCUUGUUCUCAUGUUUGUAGCUUGAAUUUGUUUAUAGUGCUUGAGGUGACUUCCAGUGUAUUGCACCUUGGUAACAAAGAAACUUUUAAAGUGUGUUAGAAAAUUAUUAUUUUUGGAAACUCUACAAAAGAAGAAAAGAUUAGGGAACAUGUAAGCCUUGAAUUUUGGCAAGUGGAUGGUUUGCGCUGUGGUCGGUUCAUGCUUAGUUGCCAUGUUCUUCUUGUUGCAGCUGUGAGGUUUGGAGCCCUGUCGUUGGAUGUGGAGAGAGAGAGAGAGAUAGAGAGAGUAGCAGCCGUAAGGCUAGGAGAAAGGAACGUACUUCAUUCACUAACCUUAAUCUCUAUUAUAAAGAGAUUAGGGUAGAAAGGAGAUUUACAUAUUACACUAAACAGAAAUAAGGAAAAUAUUAAAGAGAUCUUGUAACUCUUUAAUAUUACAAAGAGCCACCUAGAAACAUAAACUCUUCUAAUUCAACACUCCCCCUCAAGCUGGAGCAUACAUAUUAAACAUGCUCAGCUUGUCACAACAUCUAAAAAAAUCACCAAUAGGGAGAGCUUUGGUGAAGAUAUCUGCAGUUUGAUCUUUUGAAGGGACAUGAAUAGUGGCAAUGGUUCCAUCUUGAACGAGAUCCCGAAUGUAAUGUCAGUCCACUUCAAUAUGUUUCGUUCUAUCAUGGAAAACUGGAUUGUUUGCAAUGUAUGUGGCUGCUUGAUUGUCACAAUACAUCUUCAUGGGAAGCGGAAUCGACACACUUAGGCUAGAUAGCAUGGAUCUUGCCUAAGUAUGUUCUGCUGCAGUUUGAGCCAUAAGCUCUAUAUUCGGAUUCUGCACUAGAUCUUGACACCACCCCUUGUUUUUUGCUUCUCCACGAUAUAAGGUUGCCUUCCACAAAUACACAGAAUCCUGUGGUAGAUUUCAUGUCUUCGAUUGAGCCAGCAUAGUCAGCAUUAUUAUAGGCUUCCACUUCCAAGGUCUUGCCUUUUGUGAAUAAAAGGCCUUUGCCAGGAGAUGAUUUCAGAUACUUAACCACCAUCAAGGCAGCAUCCUAGUGAACUUUCCUUUGUUUUUCCAUAAAUUGAUUUAGCUUUCCCACUGCAAAGCUAAUGUCUGGUCUUGUCACAGUAACAUAGAGAAGUUUUCCAAUAAGGAAUCUAUAUGAUCGAGAAUCCACUAAUUCUCCUUGGUCAUCAUGAAGAUGUAUGCGUGGAUUCAUAGGUAUAUUAGCCGGUUUAGCUCCUAGCAUCCCAGUGUCCUGUAAUAAAUCAUGAACAUACUUCCGUUGAGAGAGAAUGACACCAUCUCUAUUUCGAGCAACCUCUAUUCCCAAGAAAUACCGUGGUGGACCAAGAUCUUUUGUCACAAAGUGUUUUUGAAGAAAUAACUUUGUAUCAGAAACUUCUUGAUGGGAGUCACCUGUCAGGAUAAUAUCAUCAACAUAGACCACUAGAACGAUGAUACCCCGAGAAGUCUUUUUGAUAAACAGAGAAUGAUCAAGAGGAGAUCUCGCAAAGCCACACUCUGAGACUACCUCAGAGAACUUGUGAAACCACGCAUGAGGACUCUGCUUGAGUCCAUAAAUAGCUUUCUUCAGUUUGCACACUUUUCCACACUCCCCCUGUCGUUCAAACCCUGGUGGUUGUUGUAUAUAGACAGUCUCAUCGAGAUCACCAUACAAAAAGGCAUUUUUGACAUCAAGUUGAUACAUGUGCCAGUCAUGGUGUACAGCCACAGAAAUAAUAAGACGAAUGGUUCCCAACCGAGCAACCGGAGAGAAUGUCUCAAAGAAAUCCACUCUGUAGGUCUGCGUGUAGCCCUUAGCAACCAACCGAGCUUUGUAUCGUUCGACAGACCCAUCAGAAUUAUAUUUCACUGUGAAUACCCACUUAGAGCCAACAAUGUCACAAUCAGGAGGAGGAUCAACAAGUUCCCAGGUGCCUCGUUGAACUAAUGCAUCCAUCUCAUCUUGCAUACCCUGUCUCCAUUGGGUAUCUAAUAAAGCCUGCUGGUGACAUGUAGGAACUGUAUGAGUAGUAAGGGCUUGAAUAAACUGUUGCAUACUUUUACCAACACCGUUAGUAGACACAAAAUGAGAUAUAAGAUGCAGAGUACAUUGUCGUUUGCCUUCUGAGAAGCGCUUGGUGAAGGAUCAUGAGAGGGGUCUUGUCGACGUGUGUAAAUCAGCGGAGGAUCACGAAACUUGGGCACUACAGUCGAAGAUUCUUUAGAAGGAGAUUCAAAAGGAAAUGACUCCAAAGAAAUAGGAGGAAUAGGUAGUAGGUGUGGCGACGGUGGCGUCUCAGUAGAGAUAGGAGAGGAGCUAUAAUAAGGUUUAGACUCAAAGAAUGUGACAUCCGCACUGAUAUACUCCUUUUGAGUCAAGGGGUCAAAGCAUUUGUAGCCUUUAUGGUUUCUGGAGUAGCCUAUAAAGAUACACUUAAUGGCUUGGGCACCCAAUUUAUCACGUGUGGCUCAAAGUAUGUGAACAAAGCAUGUGCAACCAAAUACUUUGGGAGCCACGAGAAACAAGGGUCGUUGUGGAUGCACAAGUUUAAUGGGAACCUUGUUGUCAAUGGAGGAGGAUGGUAAAUGAUUGGUCAAGUACUAGGCAGUGAGGAUGGCAUCUCCUCAAAAGUAUGCAGGUAAAUUAUUAUGAAGCAUUAGGGAACGAGCCACAUUUAAAAGUUGGCGAUGUUUUGGCUCAGCUACUCCAUUUUGUUGGGAGGUAUGAGGACAGGUAAACUGGGGAGAAAUGCUAUUAUCAGAGUAAAACUUCAUCAGGCAAAUGUAAAUCAGGCCCAAAUUCGAGAAUGCAAAUGCUUCAAGAGAUACACUCUUGAAGAUCCCAACAACUUCAAUAGAUAAUACAAAGUCAAACCUCAAACUUGAGGAGAAGAUACCAAGUAUAUUAAUCUCAAGAGAAGAAUACACAAGAGAGGCCAAAAAGCCUUAAAAAAACAAAGGUCCCAAGUGCCCUAUUUAUAGAGGAAGUAUAUAAGAAAGGAGGAAGAAAAGAGGAAGAGGAAGUGGCUGUUGGGGCUCCCAACGACUAGAUUUCUAGCCGUUGGGAACUCCCAACAGCUACUUCCUUUCUUAAUAAAAAAGGAAAAGAAAAAGGUUUAGAAAAAGGCAUGAAAAAUAAAGACAAAAUAAAUACAAAAAGUUACAAAAAGUCCUAUGCAUACACACAUACAUUUAUAUAUACAAAUCAUACAUCAAACUGCUAGGAGUUUAAGAUAUAUGAUAGUAGAUACAAAAACAUGUAUGUAUACUUACAUUAUAAAUUCUAACAGUAAACUGGGGAGAGAUGCCAUUAUCAGAGUAAAACUUCAUUAAGGUAGAUGUCUUGAACUCAAGAGCGUUAUCAGUGCGAAUGCUUUUAACAAGAAUACCAAAUUGGGUCUUUAUUUCAAUAAUAAGGUUUUUGAGAAUACAUACGACUUCAGUCCUUUCUUUCAAAAGGAAGACCCAAGUGACUCGAGAAUAAUCAUCAACAAUGACAAGAAAAUAACAAAAUCUUGACCUACUAGCAACUUUGCUAGGACCCCACACAUCAACAUGAAGAUCAAAUAGUCCACAACUGGACUAUUUGAUCUCGAUGAGUAACUGUUACGGGUGUGUUUGCCUAGUUGACAGGCUUCACACUGAAAUGACUCUGGUACUGAAAGAUGAGGAAGAAGGUGACGGAACUUGGAGACAGAUGGAUGACCAAGUCUGAGAUGCCAUUGGAAGGAGGAGGACAAUGAGGUGAUCGAUGAUGUUGCAAUACCCAUUGGAUCCGACAUAAAGUAGAUGUCCCCUUUCUCAUAGCCUCCACCAAUCAUCUUUCCAGUUUGCAAGUCGUCAAAUGUAACACGACAAUGUAAAUCAUUAAUCAAUUGUCCAACCGAUAACAGAUUUGUGGGAAACUUAGGAGCAUAUAACACAUUAGGAAUAGUCAUAGACUGAGAGCAAUGUUGUAAAAAGCGUAUCGUAAGGCGUAUCGGUCGGGCUUUAAGAUACGUCGUAUCGUAACCGUAUCGUAAAUUUAAAAAAAAUAAUAAUAAUAAAUCAGAAAAAUUUAAAAAAAAAAUCAAAAAAUUCAUAAAAAAUCAGAAAAAAUUAAAAAUAGUAAAUUCUUCAUAGAAAACAUGGUUUAGUCUUUUAGAUAAUGAUAGACUUAUUAUUUUGCUAAAUGCUAUAAACUUACACGUUCACGGUUCAUCAUUCAUACUUCAUAGACAUCAAAAUUCAUAACAAUAUCAUUCUUUUUCAUCUUUAUCUUCAUGGUUUAAAAAAAAACCAUUUCCUCUCAAUGGGAAUCAGCCACCCAUGCACAAAUCCAUGGUUUAAUAGAUGAUUUCACGGUGACAAUCGAUGAUUUCACAAUGGAAAUCGAUGAUUUCACAAUGGAAAUCAAUGAUUUCCUUCUAAAACGGUACAAUCUAUAGAUUAGAAAUGAGGAAGGGGUGGGUUUUUAUAAAAAAAACUCGAAAAAAUUGGGUUCAAGUCUCCUUUUUAGAAAUCAGCCCGUAUCGUACGAUACGGGCCGUAUCGCACCGUAUCGUACGAUACGGGGGCCCGUAUCGCACGUAUCGUACGAUACAGGUACGAUACACCCCCAUUUGCGAUACAGGUGGUGUAUCGUAUCGUAUUUUGCAAACGAUACGAUACGUAUCGUACGAUACGGCCCCGUAUUGUACGAUACGUACAACACUGACUGAGAGAUCUUGAUAUCUCCAUAACCCAUAAUAGGUGACCAUCGACCAUCUGCAAGUCUUACAUGACGUGUCUGAGGUAAUGAGUGCAGGACAGUAAACAUAGAAGGUCUACUACAAAAGUGUCUCGAUGCUCCUGAAUCAAUAAUCCAAGUAGUACCUGUAUCAUGUGGGACAAUAUUAACAGACAUAGCACGCACUGUCUAUCAUGACUGUAGAGGCCGAUGACUGGAUAAAUCUGUGUGCCAAGAAGUCCUCAUACUCUGACUUGUUGAUGCUCACAGUCACUGUCUUAGGUUGAGAAGAAGAUGAAGACUCAUCUACCACUGAUGACGCUGCUUGGGCAAAUCCAAUAGAAGACUGUAAAGGGUUCUUUCCUAGCUUUGAUGUAACAUUUCUUCCUAAGGGCGGUGCCGCGGUAGGACGACCAUGUUUAUCCCAACAUCUGUCUUCCAAUGCCCUAUUUUCCUACAAUAGGUGCACUGAAAUCUCCCCAGACCUCCUCCUGACCCACGACCUAUGCCUCUUCCCUAAAUGAACGGCGUCCAUGACCUCCUGAGGCUGCUAAGGCAGAGGCAUGGAGAUCACUAGAGGGUGGAGAGAGGGUCACAGCAAGACGACUGAGUCUGUUGUAGGCUUCAGCUAGGUCAGGGAUUUCUGCUCCAGUCAACAUCUGAGCCUUUGCUACUGCAUAUUUAGAGGAGAGACCAUGUAGAAACUUCGCAACCAUAGACUGUUCACCAUGGGUCUUAUGGCAUGUUGGACAUGGGGGACGUAAUGCUUUAAGUCGUCUAGAGAUGGACUUGAGGGAAGCAAAAUACUGAGCAAGACUUUGGUCACCCUGUUGCAAAUUAAGUAAUUCUUCCUCUACCUGCAAUAUCUUGCUCACAUUCUUGUCAUUUGAGUAAGUUUGUUUCAAGAAAUCCCACAUUUGUUUGGCCGAGGUAUAGUAUGCAAUAGUUGAUGCAAUCUGUGGUUGCACACUGUUCAUGAUCCACGACAUGACAAUAUUAUUAUCUCCCUUCCAUGAACUAUAUUUUCCACUCUUUUCAACAGGCUCAUUUUCUUCAAUAACAUGCUGCUUCUAAUGUCCAAUCACAGACAACAUACACACACGAGACCAAAUCUCAUAGUUAGAUCCAUCUAACUUUAUAGUAGAACCAUAAGAGAAUGGAUUUCCUCCACUUUUAACCUCAUGAGAAAAAUCAGUUUUAUGAAUUUCAGCCAUUGCAAGUCUGCCCACAAAUGAUCACCCACGACCAACAAGCGAGAAUAUGUAUAUAUAGAUCAAUAAAGACUGCGACUGAUCAGCAAUAACAUAUGUCCACCACCACACAGCAACGUUAGAUGCAAAACACUUUUGCCACACAACUUCUGAACACCCCACGAUAAUAGACUGUUGUCCAACUGUUGACAGCAACCCUACGGCAGAAAACAGCAACCUAAUGAUGGUGAAAAAGUCCCACGAUAGACUGUUGUCCAAUACUCCCACGACAGAUAAAAUCCAGCAAUACAAAUAGAAGACCAACGGCACCAGCAAUACAAAUAGAAGACUGCUGUCCAAGAACCCCACAACAGAGAAAAUCCAGCAAUCCAAGAGAAAAUCCAACAAUCCAACGACCAAAAAAAGAAUACCACACUACUUGCAAUGUCUUUAGCAACCAACAACUUAUCUAUUUAUGUAUCUAACGCUGUUGUACCACAAAUUAUUUUCCACUAAUCAUGAAUAGCGAUAGAAAAAAAACUUUCAACAUAAACCAUCGCAGACUCCCACCCAGCUGCGAUAAAACAUAGAUGUGUAGACACCCAUGGCUGGAGUCUAUUCACGCAGAUUUCAUAGCGUGAAUAGACUCCUCCACACGGUUCAGUUGCUGGAAAAUAGUCAACUCAAACUAAAUGUGUGUAGCAGGAGAAGAAGACGGAAGAGGGAGAAGAGAAGGAGACGGUGGAAGAGAUGGCCUGAGGAGGAGAAGUCGACGACAGUUUUUUCUUCACGUCGCCAGCCUAAUUCACGCUCAGCCACUGCUGUCUUCACGUCGCCAGUCACGCCUGCUCUGAUACCAUGUUGCUGCUGUGAGGUUUGGAGCCCUGUCGUUGGAUGUGGAGAGAGAGAGAGAGAUAGAGAGAGUAGCAGCCGUAAGGCUAGGAGAAAGGAACGUACAUCAUUCACUAACCCUAAUCUCUAUUAUAAAGAGAUUAGGGUAGAAAGGAUAUUUACAUAUUACACUAAACAGAAAUACGGAAAAUAUUAAAGAGAUCUUGUAACUCUUUAAUAUUACAAAGAGCCACCUAGAAACAUAAACUCUUCUAAUUCAACACUUCUCAUGGCAAAUCAAGUUCUUUUCUGGUGGGAUAUGCCCAGGUUUCGUCCACCAUCUAGACUAACUUUAUCAGGAUACAGAUUUAUUGAAUCCCAAAAAACAUACUUGAAGUUUGGUGAUUAGCCGGUUACUACCUCUAUAUGUACUUUUUCUCCUCUACUAUUGAACUCAAAAAUAAAUUAGUUUACUAGUUUUGUGCUUUAUUUUGUCCAUGUAAUACGGAAGGAUAAUUGACUAAUGUCCCCAAUAUCUGGUUUGAUAUUUCAUCAUGGUCUAAACGUCUUUUAUGCAAUGUCGAGGAUAUAGUAUGACUGCUGGUUGCGUGUAAAUUUUGGUGAGGCAUAGUGGUUUCCAAUUUCCUAUUUUUAUGUAAAUAGUAUGUCAUGGUAUAAUCUGUUUUUUGCACAGGGUUAAUAGGGCUUGAUGCCAAUUACCUGUAAAGUUAUCGUUCAGGUAACUAUUUAGUGGGCUAGAGUGUCUUGUUCUUGUGAGCGUUCUCUAAGAAAAGAUUGCUGCUGAUGUACGUUAUCUUUAUAGUGUUGUUCGGUAGAUUUGGUGCCAAAAUGACUCCUUGUUGUAGUCGCAAUUCACACUCUUUUACCAAUUUUUGAUGAAGUAAAUUUAUGGAUUCUGAAUCAUUAAAAUGAGAAUUUUUUUAUUCAUUACAGAAGACUUUAGGAUCUAGUCCAGAAUGAGGAUUACAACCAUUUAAAGCUCCUGAGAAAUUGACGACCUUCUAGAGCUCCUGAGAAGUUGAGAGAAAGACUGAUAUUAAAUAGCAGUAAAAGGCAUUUCUUGGCCGCAACAUUCUCUCACUAAUCUCAUGUUCCAAAAGUACUAAUGCCUUGACAUCAAUGAAGCUCGGUCUGUCUUUGACUAGGAAUACGUGGAGAUAAAAAUGGAAGUGCAGCAUCCAGAUAGUGAUGAGGUAAGGUCGGAGAGCACUGGAGACCUUCUCCAAUAUGCCAUGGGCAGGGAGCCAGGUCUUGUUCUCUCCUUCUUGAGAUAUUCUCUUAUUCGGCACCUUUUGUACUUUGGUUUUUAGGAAGCGUCGGUUCGUUGCUUUUCCUGUUUUUGCUCUCCUUUUGUUCAACUGAAAAUUAUUUGCAAAUUGACUAUUUUUUAUUGAUUUUUUUUGAGAAAAAUUUUCAAACUUUGGUCUCCCUUCUGCCCAUAAUCGAGAAAGAACUGAUUUUUGUCAUUGAUAAGGGCGGUCACCUUUCUCGAACUUUGAAACAAGGGCCUGUGUUGCACAUUUUGAAAUGCCAGUAUUACCUUUUGCUUGAUUAGGCUCUGAAUCCCUGAAAUUUUUUCUGACAUUUUCUUUUCCCACCUCUCUCCCGGUGUUACUUUCCCUGCUAAUUCUUCCUUUCUCCUUUGUGUUUUAAUGUUUUGAUUGCGUUCCCUGUUCAUACUUCCUCCCUUAAGUUUUCUCCCUCUUCUCAGCAGUCCCCACCUCGUCCCCUUUCUGACGGUAGUAGAAAUUAGAAAUUAUGAGACAGGCUGCGCUUUAUGGCUAGUUCUUUAAAUUCUCUAAUAUAUGUUUACAAUUGAUGUUCACGCAUAUUCUGCUUGAUUCACGGCUGCUUGUAUCUUGAAGCUGUUGCAUUGGAAAAAACAUCACCUAUAAUUUUCUGAAAACACAUACUAAAUCUCAUCAUAUAAGUCAACACGAGAAAAGAAAAUAAUGAUUAUCAACUGCUAUCAAUAGGUUCUUUCUGUUCUCUUUUCAGGCAUUUCUUGGAUUUUAAUAGUCUUAUCUCUACAUCUCACUUCUUUCAUCGGUAUUUAUUCCUAUUCAUGUUGAGAACACUAGAUUCCUCCUGGGCAAGUCCUUUCCUUUCUUGCUUACAAAUGCCUUUUGUUUAAGCACCAUUCUAUGCACUCACUGGCACACCGCACACUCAUGUUGCAUAUACAUACAAGAUAUCAUUGAACUUUGCAGAACAAAACUUUUAAGUGGGGGCGUUGAUAUCCUCGGAUUUGAGAUCGUCGGGAUUUGAGAACUGUGGAUUUUAAGAUCGGAUGCUCCCUCUUUUGAUUUGAAAUCCUACUUUUUCUCAAUGCAAAGAAGUAAAAUAAGCAUCCAAGUGUGGAUCUUAAGUUUGAUGAACCAUAAAUUUUAGCACAGCUUUUUUGCACAUCAGAAAAAGCAAAAGUAUGUAAUGUCAGAUCUACUUCAGGUUCAUGAAUUUCAUGAUUGAGAGUAAUCGAACGUCACUUAGAACUAUUGGGAGAAAAAGUCAUCAGGUUCAUGGAUUUCAGAUUGAGAGUUAUCAAACGUCACUUAAAACAAACUGUUGGCAGAAAACGGUCAUGGGCAACUUGGUGGCUUGCUAUGAUUGAGAAUGAGGAUAUGUUGAGGAAGGAAAGCCGCUCCACUUCUCAUGUCAACAUGAAUACUUGUAUUACAAAAAGAAUCCUUGUAUUUUUUAAUGCUUGUAUUACAAUUGAAAGAGCUUUCGGACAUCAACCUGAAAAAUGGAUAGCAAGAGAGGGAGAGAGAUUGUAGCCAUGGUUCCAGUGUGCUCUUGUCAUGAAGGAUUAACAGGUGAACUGCUGCUAGUUGUCAUCACAAGAGGAGGUGGCAAGCAGAAAAGGAGAGAAAACAUCUUGCCAUGGCUGAGGAUGGCAGGCGGGAAGGAAAAUUUGAUCCUUGUGGUGUUUUAGAAAUGGUGUAAGAGGUUGAUGUGCAUUUGCAGAUCUGAUGUACAAGAAAUUGUUUCAUGAAACUCAAUUUUGCAGAUCUUAUGUCCGAGAAAUUGUUUCAUGAAACUCCUGGUUCCAUCAUGAGGUUCAUUUGGGCCAUGGUUCUCUUGUAGAAUUUAUUUUUGGACCUUGAGGAAAUUUCUUUUGUUUCCUGGAUUGACAUUUUCUUUUGUUAGAGCAAAUCAAAAUUUAUUAAA